AUGUCCUCUGCCGCGAGUGCCCGUUCUCCCUGGCCCUCGCCGACUGCUGCCCCCUCCCCCCCGUCUGCCCCAAUAAGGCACAAGAGGCAGCUUGACUAUCGUUGGUCGCCCUCAGCCCACUGGGACUACCCGCGACAGAACGUUCCCAGCGGCACGACCUGUGGCGGGACCAUUGACGAUGAGGCCCAAAUCUCCGAGGCGUUGCAAGCUUGCUUCGACUCCAACAACGGAGUCUUUUCCUGCUACCCAGAAUCCAAUACUGUCGUUGCUCAGCAUGAAUGGGCAGGAUUUGUCUGGAACACCAGAUUGCCUCAGUUCACCGAGACAAAUCAGGUCGACGUCUAUCUCUACAACGCGGAUUCUUUAACACCGGUUCUCAGUUUCCUUGGACAAACCAACCCCAGCACAACGGCUGGCCAAGUUAACGCUUGCGUCAACGACACCUGGUUUGGUGAUCGUGGCCUGGAAUGGAAUGGUGGGACGCAAACAUACUCCUUCUAUUGGGAGAUCAGCCCUGCUACCCAAACAGCUUCCGGACAGCUCUCGCCUUUGGCGACUUUUGCGGCCAUCCAGACUACGUACGCUGAUUCCGUUGCUUCAUCGAUGUCGUCUGCAUCAGCCGCCUCUGCCUCCUCUGCUGCUUCCGCUUCCUCUGCUGCUUCGGCGUCAUCAGCGUCUGCGGCGUCGUCGAAAUCGGCAGCAGCAACGUCUGUGACCGGCAUAUCCUCCAUCAAUGCAUCAUCGACCAUCCCAUCGACCACGUCGUCGGCUGGUUCAGGAUCAGGAUCCGUGCAGUCACUCAAUAGUACUAACUUCCCCCAUUGGGCUAUCGCUGUCAUCGUCGUCCUCGGUUUCCUCGCGCUCGUUGCUUGUGGUGUCCUUGCCUUCUUCAUCUCUCGCCGUAUGCGCAAUCGGAGGAAUAGCAUGCUCUCACACCGUGGCUCCAUGAAUUCUGCCUCGCCCAUGAUGGCCAAUGCCGCCACAGGACAUUCCGCGCAAUCUCCGUUGCUAGGUUCCGCGGCUCUGGCCGCUGGCGCCGGAGGAGCUGGGACAACAGAAAGUGGGGAUCAUCGGCCAACUUCACCUACAGACGGUCAUGACGGUGCCUCGACCAUGUCAAGGACUAGCGAUCCGGGUCUCUUCUCUGGUGCAGAUGCCGCGAUCAUGGCUGCCGCCUUCCGCACUGCCUUACGAAAACCUGACUUUGCGAACGGGCCGGGAGACGAUGGAGAAAGUCCGGAUAGCAACGUCCUCGAACCACCUGGUGUGUUGCUGAGAGAGGAGUUAGCUGAAGAAGGAAGAGACAUUCGCAGUGUAGACUCAUCGAGAGGGGUCAGAGUAGAGACGUUGAGCGACGCUGCUGACGACGACGCCGCCACGACGGUACGGGACGAUCCGCAUUAG